UGCCUGUGUUUUUUUCUUUUCUUUUUGUUCUUUUUUUCCGCAGUUUCCCGCAAAGGGGGAAUUCGAUCGCUGACACUACGAGACCCCCCAUAAACUUUGGGCUUCUCCAGCGAGUCAACACACCCCAUUCCUACGUCAACGUCCAACCCGCACCAUUUCGUCAUCGUCUUCUACCUCCCACCUUCUCAUCCCUUAAGCUCGUACCACCAGUCACAAUGGCUCGCGAUAGCGACACCAAACAGUCGCCCAAAACCAUCAAUGCUGCGGCGCCCCGACCUGAUGCCGACUCCGCCAAUAAGGAGCAGUCAGAGAUCGUCGCGAAGACAGAAGCCGCCGACGUCGCCACCAAACCUCUCGCGCCUCCCCCUCGACCCGGCCAGGCGAAGGAUACCUCCGCCGACUACUUCACCCUACCGAAUGCUGCGUCGCUGAACCAAGAACCAAAUCCUUUCGAGAGGUCUUUCGGUGGUAGCGGUGACCCGUCCCUGGCUGCCAACGCCGCCCCGGAGACUCCUGGAGGUACCAAGCUGCCUCCCGUUGCCUCCAUCACAUCGCCCUCCUCGCUACUGCCAGGUACCGGCACUACGCCGUUCAACUGGGGCGGUGGUUCCCUGAGGACCGGCCCUCUUAGUCCAGCCAUGUUGUCAGCACCUCAGGCCGAUUACUUUAGUGACCAGUUUAGCCGUGGCGGCUUCCCGACACCCAAUGAGUCCUCACUCAGGACUGGUCUGACCCCUGGAGGCAGUGGUUCUAUGUUUCCUACUGGUGUUCCCAGCCCAAACACGGCUGCGCUGUUUAAUCUCGGAGCGGGUGGGGUGACACCCGGCACGGUCGACUUCCAUCGAACUGCGUUGAGAGCUGCGGCCGAGCAGCGGGAUCAUCCAGGCCAACAACUGCCUGCCACCUCGCAGCCCCAGGAGAUGAAUGGUGCUUCUACUGUCAAGAAUGAGAUGAAGUCCGCCGCUUUUGACAACCACGACAGUGAUGCCGCCAACGGUUUGUUUUUGCUGGCGCAGGGCCGUAAUGGUGUCCCACAGCAGAGUCAGUAUCCCUUGCCACCGCAACCACCCAGCCACGGUCAUCCCGCCCCGGCUGUGCAGCAUCCCGAUGCCCACGUGAAUGGCAACGCGCCCCGUGGCGGUGGGAACCUGCGUGGCGUCAGUGAAGCCGCGAGCGAGCAAUCCGAGGGCAGCGAGCACGCUCGACCAAACACACGCGGUAAAGGUAAACGUGGCUCAGCUGCUGGUGCCCCGACGACCAACGGCAGACGAAAGGCUGAAGAGCCCCCGGUCAAGGCGCCUGCGAGCAAGAAGCCAAAGACCGCUGGCAGCGUUGUCUCGUCAAAUGGAUCCGAGGAUAUGGGCGACGAGGACGGCCACGACGAGAAUGGCUCAGAUAAGCCAAAGCACAAGAUGACUGAGGAAGAGAAGCGCAAGAACUUUUUGGAGCGCAAUCGGGUUGCUGCGCUGAAGUGUCGUCAGCGCAAGAAGCAGUGGCUAGCCAAUCUGCAAAACAAGGUCGAUGUCUACCAACAAGAGAACGACUCAUUGUCGCAACAGAUUUCUGCGCUUCGUGAGGAGGUUGUCAAUCUGAAGACAUUGCUCCUUGCACACAAGGACUGUCCCGUCACGCAAUCGCAAGGCGGUAUGCCGCAGCCUUACAUCGCAGGUAUGGAUGCGUACAACGCACAAAUGCCUUACGGGAUGGGCGCGCCCAUGUCCAGCCACCAGAUGAUUACCGCUCAGGGAGGCGACCGGCGUUAUUCCUAGGACGGCCAACCCGGCCCUUUUUCUGAGCAAGACGAUACUGUUGACCCGGCAAAGGUCAUGCCGCCGCACCGUUGGGACCAGUCAAGCUCCCGCCAUGGGAAUACUGGCUGAUGGAUGUACAAUAAUUGUCCCGUGGCAUCGCUCAUGACUUAAGAUUUCAAACUUUGGUUGUACACAUUAUGGUCAUCAAUAUGGGGGAGGGGGUCAAGGAAAACAAGGAGUAUUUUUCUUUUCUUUUCCAAACGGUAUCAGAGCAUAUAUACGGCAAAAACUUGGGCGUUUUGGACUGGUCUUUGUGGGAGUCUGGGGGGGGGGGGGGCGCCGUGUUGUGGAGUCAUUGGGGAUAUUGUGACUGGAUUUUUCCAGUACUGGUCACGACGGAGAGACACAAUUCGCGAUCUCGUUCAGAUGGCGCGUUUCAGUGCAGUCUCUCUAGUUCACUGCUACGGAUGCACCGAAGUGGAUGGCAAGGCAUAAAUCCGAAUCGGGGGUUCCUGAGGAUGCCGUAUCAACGCUAGAGGGAAUGCAUGUCUGUCCCAAGGGGUGAGUUUUAUCUUGUUUGUAGCACUACAUAAUCGAGUAUCUACCUUUGAAUCUG